CGGGAUGACUGCUGCCGUGGUGGUGGGCGCUGACGGCGACGUGCUGGUGCUGGUGCGCGGCCAGCAAGUUGCACCACCGCCACUUCCAACACAGGAACAACAACAACAACAACAGCAACAACAACGGCGACAACGGGUUGGAUCACUGCAAGCAGAGACGGCAGUUCCUUGUGCGGUGAGUAGUAGCUUUGGCGGCUUUGCAGGCGGCCGACGCUGGGUGGCAGCACAUGCACUGGACGGGCUCGUCUUGGGCGCCACCUCGGAUGGCUGCAUCUACGCACAUGACUUGACCCAAGCUGAAGAUGGAGAGCGUUGCCUUGAUGAACGUGAUCAGCAACCAGAUGCCCCUGCAACUCCUCCACAGUCCGAAGGCAGCUUGUUGUUUGCAUCGCCCCACAUCGGAGGCACCGAAGAAGAGCCACACGCCGACGAUGACCCCCCUUCUUCAACACAGCACGCCGAAGCCCCAGACGCACAAGAGAUAGCGCUUGAAUGGGCCGUGUUAACGGCAGCGCCGGGAGUUGUGGGAUUAAGGCUGCUGCACGUUGCCCGAGAUGCCCGAGAUGAUGAUGGUACCAACAGUAUUGAUGGUGACGGCGCACAAGCCAUCAAAGGUAUCGCCCUCAUUGCCCUAAACCCAAGUGCUGCCGCGACGGCAACUGCUGCCCCAUCAUCAUCAUCAUCAUCAUCAUCAUCAUCAUCAUCAUCAUCAUCAUCGUCGUCGUCGUCGUCGUCGUCGUCGUCGUCGCUUGUCGCUCGCUGGCUGCCCGGUGGCGGCGGUGACGACUGCGUGCACCUGAACGUGGUGCAUUUCCAGCUCAAGCCCAGUGGAGGGAAGAAGCAGCAGCACCCGUCGCUGGUAUUACUGCGGUGGUCCGUGCAACGCAGCAGCACAUUCCCGCCCGUCCCCACGACCUCCAGCCCGCGGUCAACCAGUGAUGCAGUCGAUGGCAUUGACAUGCUGCUUCGCACGUCUCAGACUGAAUCCGGUUCCCGCCGGCCCUCCAAUAGCACCCCUAUCUUUGCAGUGCCGCUCAGGGCACAUGACAGCGGUGCUGUUGUUCUUGGCGUUGGCCGCAUGGUCAUUACGUUAACCAUACACCCGGACAAACCAGCAAAAUCCGUGGCGUACGUCGGCCACUGUUUGCUUCCCGCUGGCGAUGUUGUUGGACUCGACUGCAUUUCGUCUCCUGAUGACAGCAGUGACAGGCCCAACUCUGCAAUCAUUGCAUACACGCGCGACGCACACGCGUUUGUACUGCAGUGUCUGCCGUCACAGAAGCCACAAGUGCAGCAGCAAAUCACCAUUGUCUCUUCGAGUAAAAUUGCUGCCGUCGUGGGCGCUGUGAAUGAAACAACGCACGCCCUCCUCACCACCGAGCGCAAGAUUGUGCUGAUGACUUUUUCGUCGUCCCGCCAGCGCGAUGGCAACAGCGACGCGACCAAACUAUCGUUUUCAGCACAACAGCAGCAGCUGGUGGCGGAUGGCGUCGUGUUUGGGUGCCGCUUGGACAGCAGCAGCCAGCGAGAUGAGCAGCAGCAGCAGAGGUGGUGUCUUGGCCACGAAACUCUCGGCAUCAUGAGGGUUGCUUGCUUGCCACCUGCUGCCGCUGGUAUUGCUGGGACGGUGAAUGCGGCGUCUGUUUCGCUCACUGCUCUCCGUCAGCUCUCCGCCGUCGCGCAACAACUCCAAGCGCAGCAACAGCACUCACUUGUCAUCGACACACGCCUUCGUGCUCUGCGCGAUGCACAGCUUCUUGUUAAGAAGCAAUCUGGUCAAAGCGCCCCGCUCUCCGUUUCGUGGACAUCCCACUUUGAUCAUGCAACCGCGUACUUUGCCCUUGCAGUCCGCAUCGCGAACACAUCGCAUCAGAUGGUCGCCACUCGGCACUGGAAAGCAGUCAUUGAAAUCAGGAGGUGCGGGGAUGAUGCUCUUGUCCACUGCCGCUCUCACACCCUUCCACACGACCUUCCAGCAUCCAAGUCGUGGCGCGCUCGUGUUGUUCUGCCGUCUCUCGCGGCGCUGCCGUGCUCGCUUCGCGUCACUCUCGUCUUUGCUGCGCCAUGGAUGGCGCAAUCAGGCCAGCACACCACACGCGCACACGCGCAAGCUGCACCCGAGCACACACCCGAGGCACUCAGAACCCGACACCACCACCACCAUCAUCAUCACCAAUACAAUCACCAUCAGCAGCGGUCAUCGCCCACGGUGCAUGCCAAUCUGCUGCAGGACAUCGUGACGGCGUGGCAGUUUGCACGCCUGAUACAGCCGCCGCCCACAACUGCAGACAACGACGACAACGACGACCACCACCACCAGCAGCAGCAGCAGCAGCAGCACGAGCAAUCACGCCGACACGUGGGACGUGACCGCUUAUUCAUCCCGUGUCACGACGCAGCUGCAACCGCGGAUGUGGUCGGAGGUCAUGCUGUUCCUUUAGCACCACGUCAGCCGUCACCGUCACCAUUUCGCGUUCGCAGCGGCGCAGGGGCCGGUGGUGGCGACAACGCACGCGCGCUCAUGCACACAUGUCGGCUUGGCGCACACGUGUGCGCAAGUGCACAGCUCGUACGCGCGUUGCUUGCCGCUGUACCGCAAUGCACCGAGGAAACGGCAGCACGCGGGGCGAACAAAGCUGCAAGCCAUCACGACGAUGCUAGUGUUGUGAUGAGUGAUGUGCAGGGGGCAGCUGAUGACGACGAGGUUGAUGUUGAUGUUGAUGUUGAUGUUGAUGUUGACGGCGCUGCCGGUGAUGCAGAUGAGGUGCUGGUGGUGUUGGAUUCUCCAGCAGCGAAGCGAGCCAAGCGACAGCGACAGCAACGACAGAAGAGGACCGAUGCGCACAGACGACAGCAAGAGGCGCUGGCAGCCACCGUCCACAAGGCGCUGCUGUUGUCGCUGCUGCAGAACCAAGGAGACAUGUCACAUCGUCAGCACGAGUGCGAUGUAUACACCAGCACACAGACGGCGGCGCCACACCCAUCGCCGUCUGCCGUGCACAUGACAGCCAACAAUGCGGACCGUGCGGGGUCACUUGCAGACCAACACAUCGUGACACGCACGCGACUUGUGUUCGCCAGCACACCGGAUGCUGACAAGGGUUGUGUUGGUGGUGGUGAAGAUGUGCAGGAAACAGAGGACGCGUGUGCUGUUGGCUGCGUGAUGAAGACGAAGCGGCGGCAAGUGCGGCAGGCACUGCAUGACAGCACCAGCGCCAGCAUGCGCUGGGACAUUGCGAUUGAGUUUGAGGGGCCGCUGCUGGCAACGCUGUCGCUCUUGUCGGGCGUUCUUGCGCUCAUCCCCGAAGCACAACUGCAUGACGCAGGACCCCAUGACGCCACUCGUGAUGGUGAUGGUGAUGGUGAUGGUGAUGGUGAUGGUGGUGGCGAUGGUGGCGAUGACGGGGCGUUCUUUGGGGCGCGUGUGGACGCGUGCUUGUCUGUGCGGGGCUUGGCUGGUCUGCAGAGCGGGCAAGCGAUCGCAGCGAACGCGACGCUGUUGAAGGCGCACCAGACAGCAGAGGCCAUCCUUUCCUGUGUUGGUGAUGGUGAUGGUGAUGGUGAUGCUGUGACGGGCAGCGGUAGCAGCUUUUCCCCUCAUGACAGCGACGAUGUCGCCAACGCCGAUGACGACGACGAUGACGACAACAAUAGUGACCAGAGGAGGACGAGGGUGAGAGGCACUGCAACACGACGGGUACUCGAUGCAUUGCUCUCUGGAGAUGGAGAUGAGCAACAGCAGCUUGUGGAAGCGAGUGCAACCGCCGUGUCUGCGGUCGUCUCUCUCCUCGGACCAAACACCCUCUAG